AUGGCUGAUAAGAAACCCAGCACGUCUGACGCCCCUUUCGCCAAGAGGAUAGACCCUACUAAAGAUGAUCUUUCCAACGAACAAUUUCAUUUUAUCAGACAGGUGGAGCUGGAACAGUGGAAGAAGAAAACUCAAAAACUACGGGGACGAAAUGUGGUGACGGGACUCGCCAUUGGAGCCUUGGUCAUGGGGAUCUAUGGAUACACAUUUUGGUCAGUCUCCCAGGAAAGGAUCAUGGAUGAAAUUGAUGAAGAGGCGAAGAAGGCAAGGACACUGAUGUCAAAAACUGGUGCCAACUGA